CCUACUCACUUCAGUUACUGGUUCUCUUCGUGCCACCCAGCAGCUCCUGGUCUAAUGCAAACUGUACAAACCUCCUUCGUGAUUCCUCGUGGCUUGUUUUCACUCCAUACGUCGCAGAAAACGGAGGAGGAGGUGUCUUAGGAAAUGAAGAACGAGAGAGUGAGAGGGAGAGAGAAAAUAAGGAGGAAGUGCUAAGAUGGUGUUUAUGUAAGGAGUGAAAGAAGACAGGAGGACACAGAAGAGGAGUUUGUGUGUGUGUGUGUUUGAUGCGGUGUCCUUCGCUGUCAUGUGUCUGAAGGUGCAGGAAGUGUCUCCAGAGCUCACCUGUUGCUGGGUUUAAUUAGACAAAGGGCGCGGCGUGGGUGUGGCGGUGAGGCGGUGAGGCAGAGGGGCUGAGAGGCUUGAAAGGCGGCAGCGACAGCGACUACCACGAACUUCAGGAGUUGCGGUGAUGGAUGAGCCUGAAACCGCCAUCGUCGCCACCUCGCACAUCGCAGGGGCCAUGAACUACCCAUCUACUACUCAGGCUUUGUUUGCACUCAUCGUAAUGAUCAUUGUGCUGCUGUUCAUCCUGGUGUACUGCUGCUGGGGAACCUUCACUUGUGCUCGCCAGGACGAUGCCGCUGCCCCUUCUACUGAGGAAGGAGGGGGAGGAACCAACACUCAUCAAAAUGUUCGCCAGAUUCUUCAUGGGCCCCACACAGUCAUUGUGCCUAUUAACAACAUGAUUUAUGUUGGAGAUCCUGAGACACAUCAAAUAUAUCAGAUUCCAUUGGACCGUGACAAGCCUCCUGCUUAUACUGAGGUAUUCCAUGCAGGCCCUCCACCACCUUACAGACUAGACACCAUUGCUUCAGACUCUAGCAGCACUGCCACUGCAAACAGAGAACAAGGGGACACCAGAACAUCACUGCCUGAAAACCCUCCAGCCUAUGAUGAGUGUUUAUCAGCCACAACAGAAGAGUUUGGAGGUGAGCAGAAUAGAGAUGCAGCUUCAGUUCCCCCUGAGCAGCAGCAGCAACAGCAAGAACAUACAUCAGCAUCUGACACCACCACCCCUGCUGUCACAGAGUCCCCACCAUCUACAAUAGAUGAGUCAGUUCAAGAAGCAUCAAGAGUUCCAAGACCAGACUUGGUCCUCACAGUGAGUACUUUGCCACAAGAGUCUUUGCAGCCUGCUGAAGAAGGGCCCCACAAUGCCUCUGCUAAACCUCAAAGGGGCCACUGAAAGAAAUUCAGACCAUUCUUUGUUGUGGUUUUUUUAAUGUCCUGAUGAGUGCCCAGCUUAUAGGAGUGUAUCCAGGGAAUAACAGAAGAGGUGAGGGAAGUUGAUGAAUGAAUGCUAAUCUACCUAUAUUUUGAUGAGGUGGUUCUCUAGAAUUUGAAUGUUUGAGCAGGAUAAUGUUUUGCACACAAGGUCUCCAGAUUUUAUGUUUGCUCUAUGCAUCACUGUUAGGAGACACAAGGAAUGUAGUGGAGAAACUCAGUCAAAUCUUCAGUAUUGCUCUGAGUUUUUGUCCUGUCCAUAGUUCAAACUACACAACUACAGACUGUAAUGACUGAGAUGUUUCCUCUUACUUUGGUUUUCUUCCUGUUUCUAUAGUUGUUCUUUCAGUUCUUGCUUUGUUCCCACUUUCUGUCUCUCUCUCUGUAAAAAUUCACCAUAAUAUCAUCUUUCUUGGUGACAUGGUUGUCUCCACAAUAAACAAAUCUCUACCAUAAACUUCCUGCAUAAUGAUGGUGCAUGAUUUACCCUCUCAGGAGGUUAUACAAGCAAUCAGUAGUGUGAGAAUGUCCAAUUUUGUUGAAUGUGGCUGUGACUUUUGCUGACCGUAAGACAGAAUGAGCAAAGGUGUACUGUGUUCUUGGCGUGUAGCUUUAGUUUUGUAUGUGGCCCAUGCAUGGGUCUCUGGGAUCUCAGGCCACCGCUGUGACGGCCAGUCCAACUCUGCUCACGUACAGUAUAAGAAAAGCUAACCAAAGUCAUGAAUGUGUGGUUAUUAUCUCUAGGGUGAGGGAAAUGCAUCUUUAAACUUGUGAAUACUUCAAGAAUAACAACAUUCUUAUGUUCAGAUGAUCUAGGAAAGUUGUGCCUUUUUGUACCUGUGAUCAGAAUCUCGAUAUGGUUCAGUUUUUUCAUAGCAAACUUGUUAUUCUUGAGGAACUUAUGUUAAACUUUUGUUAUGAAUAAAUAUGUAAAUAUACGUAUAUAUCUUGUAUUGGUUAAAUGAUUAAAGAUCGUGUUUGUUU